UCAAAGUAUGCUUUUUUAAUUAAAGCAUUUUGACGAAUACUUGGUGGGCAUGAAUGAAAGUUCAAAGCUUUUGCUUCAUCGCGUAAAUUCAAUUAUAGUUUUUCAAUUGUAGUGAGUCAGAUUCAAGAGCUUGGGGAAGCGAACUGUCAUCUUAUGUAAAAUGCGUCAUUCAAAUGAAUUCAAUUUGUUCAUCCCAAUCUAUAUUUUGUUCUUCAUUGUUAGCAGCUCAAUCUUCAGCCAUGGAAAGAUGCUAGACGGCGGCGUUUUGAACGUCGGGGAGGAGCUAAAGGCGGAAACUUUACCUCUUAAAAUGGGUUCUCGAGCCUAUAAACUGCAAGGGCUAAAAUCAUUAACUUGGUACGAAGUGAAGAUCUCGUAUCCAGCUUCUAUUCCAGCUAGUUUUUCUUUGCAAUUGAAGAAAGGCGAAACGGAUUCUGGGUUAAGCAGGAAAAGAAGAUUGUUGAAUACAGAGAAGUUGAUAUUCAAGACUGAUGAUCUGGACGCCAUUAAUUACCAGGAUGGACUGUACGUUUUGGUGACUGUGGAGCCUGAAGGGUUUGUUGUGAUACCCAACACAAAGGAAAGAGAGUUCGUCAUCUACAAUAUAGUUUGUGAUGAACUGUUGUUGGGCAUCCCUUACCAAGCUUGGUGGGUCGUAGUCUUUGUCGUCCUGUGUUUGGUGUCGGCAUUGAUUAUUCCAAGAUAUCUUCCACCAUACCUGCUUCUUGACCGGAAUGUUGCCAAGCAAUCUUGAGACAUUGUCGUUCAAGAUAAUGAUUUGUAUCAUCGCCACUAUUUACUAACAGUGGAGCAUUUGUUAAUUGCCAUGUAAGGAGAGGCGUUUCUGUUACCA